UCGCAGGGGGCGCAGGAGGUCUGGGGUGAUCCAUGGAGUCCUGUUGGGGGGCGUCUCUCCUGCCUCCCUUUCCCCGGCGGGAGGGAGGAUCCGGCUCUUGCACGAGAUCCGCAGUGUCCUUUGAGGAGGUCGCCGUGUUCUUCACAGAGGAGGAAUGGGCUCUGCUGGAUCUAAGCCGACGAAAACUCUACUGGGAAGUUAUGGAGGAAAAUUACGAGGCCGUGGACUCUAUGGGGAACUACAUUUCCCAGGACGCCUCGCGAGCACCAGAGAGGUCAAGUCUGCCUGUCGACAGUGCCCUGGGGGUGAUUCUUCCUGGAGGGGGAGAACAGUGGAAUAUGGAAUCCCACAGGGCCGCUCUUCGGUCUUGUUUCCCCCGGCUGGAGGGAGAGUUUGGCUCUCGCGCAUCUGCAGGAAAGAGAUCCUCAGUGUCCUUUGACGAGGUAGCCGUGUUCUUCACGGAGGAGGAAUGGGCUUUGCUGGAUCCAGGCCAAAGAAAACUCUUCUGGGAAGUUACAAAGGAAAACUAUGAGACCACUGCUGCUCUAAUUCCAAAAGUAAGGAAGAGGGUGAGGAAGAAGGUAUCGGCAGUGGUAGUUGUGGAAAAAGACGAAGAUCUGCAGGAGGAAUCUAAAUCUGGGGAUCAAGCGAUAACAAAGCAAGAGUUCAGAAGAAAAUGGAAAGCAAAAGAGAAGCAAAGGAAGAAAUUGGUGUUCUCAGCCCAAGAAGAAAUAUGGAAGGGAAAGUCAAGUCAUAAGGGUGCUAUAAAAGAGACAAGGUUCAAUUUCAAAUUUAAUAUUAAAACAUGUCAGAAGGGUACAUCAUGCUGGAAAUCAUAUAAAUGUUUGGAAUGUGGAAAGAGCUUCCGUGGCAGUAGCGCACUAACAAUACAUAAAAGGAUACAUACAGGGGAGAAACCAUAUAAAUGCUUUGAAUGUGGAAAGUGCUUCUGUCGGAAUAGCGACCUAAAUGUACAUCAAAAGGUUCAUUCGGGGGAGAAGCCAUAUAAAUGCCUGGAGUGUGGAAAGUGCUUCUCUCGAUAUGGCCACCUAACUGUACAUCAAAGGAUUCACAAAUGGGAGAAGCCAUAUAAAUGCCUAGAGUGUGGAAAGUGCUUCUCUCAGAAUAGCCAUUUAAUUCAUCAUCAAAGGGUUCACACAGGGGACAAGCCGUAUAAAUGCUCGCAAUGUGGAAAGUGCUUCUCUCGGUCUGGUGUCCUAACUGAACAUCAAAGGAUUCACAAAGGGGAGAAGCCAUAUAAAUGCCCACAGUGUGGAAAGUGCUUCUCUCGGAAUGACGGCCUAGGUAAACAUCAAAGGGUUCACACAGGGGAGAAGCCAUAUAAAUGCCUGGAGUGUGGAAAGUGCUUCUCUCGGAAUGGUGACCUGUCUAAACAUCAAAGGAUUCAUACAGGGGAGAAACCAUAUAAAUGCCUAGAUUGUGGAAAGUGGUUCUCUCACAGUAGCUCCCUUAGUGUACAUCAAAAAGUUCACACAGGGGAGAAGCCAUAUAAAUGCCUGGAGUGUGGAAAGUGCUUCUCUCGAAGUGGCAGCCUAAGUAAACAUGAACGGGUUCAUACAGGGGAGAGGCCAUAUAAAUGCUUGGAGUGUGGAAAGUGCUUCUCUUGGAAUGGUGACCUAACUAAACAUCAAAGGGUUCACACAGGGGAGAAGCCAUAUAUAUGCCUGGAGUGUGGAAAGUGCUUCUCUCAAAAUAUCAGCCUAAUUAAACAUCAAAGGGUACACACAGAGGAGAAGCCAUAUGAAAGCCUGGAGUAUGGAGAGUGCUUCUCUCAAAAUUCCCACCUAGUUGUACAUCAAAAGAUUCACACAGAAGAGAAUCCAUAUACAUCUUUGGAGAGUGGAACAUGCUUCUCAUGGAAUGACACCAUAAAUGAUAAUCAAAAUGCCCACAUGAAGGAAACCAUAUAUGUGCCUGAAGUUUGGAAAGUGCUGCUCUCAGAAUGGCACUCUGACUCAACAUCUGAGGGUGCACAGGGGGAAAGCCACAUGAAAUGGAAUGUGGAAGGAGGUGCGCUGACAGCUGUAGCCUUACCUUACAGAAAUAAAUCUAGCCAACUUAAUUCAUCUCACAGCAACUGGGAAUAUGGUGUGUGAGAAUUACAGACACUGCUAAAAUUUGAUAGAAGUCUUUUAAAGACAACGCUUUGUUCUGCUAAUAGGUUUUUUAAAAUAGCUUGCUUUGUGUUUUUCUGUUUUGUAUUUGCUAAUGUAAUAUCUGUUCUAAAGUGAAGUUGCCAGUCUUGGAUGGGGGAUAAUACAUCCAGGUAUAAAUCACCUGUAUGAAUGUCGAUCAGUGUAUGUGCCAGUAGUUUGAUACCCAGAAGUGCACAUUUUCUGCCUUUCCCACAUCUAUGUAUUUCUUCCCAAAUCACAUCAUGCUGAACAUUUUGAAUUGUACGUCUGCAUUUUAAGAUGCGUUGGCCUUUCUUCAUAACAUGCUUCACUCCUUCUAACUGGGAUAAAAGGGUUGAUUGGUCUUCAAUUUUGUUUGUAUCUGACAAAAUGAACUUUGAUCCACAAAGCUUAUACUUUGGAAAAUGGUGCCAACCUUAAAACGGUGUUAUACUAUUACAGAAUAAGGGGGGGGGUGUUGUAUAGCCUGAUUGCAUCAGAUCUUGGAAGCUGAGAAGGGUCAGUACUUGAAAGGGAGAACAUCGAGGAAUACUUUGCAGACGAAGAUCCUGGCAAACCACCUCUGAGUCUCACUUGCCUUGAAAACCUCUUGCUGGGGUCAGUUGUGACUUGAGGCACUUUAAGCGUACACACCAUACCGACCAACACAGUUACCCAUCUGAAGCUGUUUUGAUAACCUAUGCAAGUUCAAUUGCAAUGGAAGAGAGUAACUAGAAAUCAAACCCAUUCUUAAGAAGGGAAUUUGUUUAAUUCAUUUUUUUCCAGUAUAUAAUUUUUGAUAGAAUUUGGUAAGCGUUGACAACUUCAUUAAAAGCACUGAUAAGAAGUUACUCUCAAGAUGUAUCCUGGAACUUGGUGAGUUGGCAUCUUAGAUGUCUUGCUUGCAUUCAAGUGUCAUGCCACGGUGCCAUCUUAAAGUGGAGAUUUAGUCCUUUUAAACCUGUUUGUGUGCCUAGAAUUUUUGGGCAGGGCAAAAUAUUUCCCACAUUCAAUCCAUAUAAAAGAUCUUUGUCCUGACGUGACAAUAAGCACCAAAUUGAAAACAAAAGGUAGCGGGGAAAAGGAGAAAUUGCAGGGUGGCACAGUAGAUUUUUCAGAGAUUUCCAAUGAUUGAGGCUCAUUCCGCACAUGCAGAAUAAUGCACUUUCAAACUGCUUUCAGUGCUCUUUGAAGCUCUGCAGAAUAUCAAAAUCCACUUGCAAAAAGUUGUGAAAGUGGUUUGAAAAUGCAUUAUUUUGCGUGUGCGGAAGGGGCCUAAGAGCUGGUUUCUAUACCCACUUUUAUUUACCUUUAAGGAAUGCCAAACCACUUACAAUAAUCUACCUUUCCCUUCCUUGUUAACCAGAUUGGUAGUCUGUCUUUUAAUGAUGAAUUUAGGAGAAUCUGAUGAUAGAAUUCUGGUCAGCAAGAGAUGAGCGAUGGUGGGAUUCUCCACUAAUUCAUACCAGGAUCUUCACCAGAAGACUGGACCUGGAAAUAGUGAGAACAACUUUGAUUAAACAAAGGCGCUUUAAUUGAAAGAGGAAAAUGUUACAUACAAGAGCACUGCAAUCAUACAGAGUCUAAGAAAAGAAAGAGUAGAGCAAGAGUUACAGAGAGGGAGUUGGUUUGGGGUGAUGUGUUACCUGUUCAGAAGACCAAGAAGCAGAGAGGAAUGCACAACUUGUGCGUAUUGACAUGGGGAGAAGAUGAUGAUGCCUGGUGUAUGGAUCAGACCACCGCACAUGCGUCCAGUCUACUUCCUAAUGUGUAGAGUGAAAUGUAUCCUGAGCCAAUGAUGAUGAGUGUGACUCAUGAUAACCAUGUAUUGAUGAAUUUAGAGUGUGAUGUGUACUAGAGACUUCUGGAUGGUAGUCUUCUGUCUUAAUAAAAAGACACAUUUAAGCAGCUGGGUGUGAAUGCAAUUCCCUAGGAAAUGGUUUCGAGGUGGGACAAAAUGAUAAUGGUCUUCUCGAGUGAGGGAUAGGUAUGUUAGUAAGAGUCUUUGAGUCAGGCCUCCUUAGAUGCUAACUAACAUGCAAAGGUAUGUUAGUAAGAGCCUCCUUAGAUGCUAGCUGUCUUCUGUCUGGACUCCAUUUUGUCCUUAUUGGAGCCAUGCUCAGCAAAAAAUUUGAACUGUACACUCUGUACACAGACGCAGAGGGCUGUUAACACUCUUAGCAGUCCCUUGGGAUGAUGGCAGUAGUCUUGACUGCUCAAUGGAUACCACAUAAUCUGUGAAUAAAUAAAUCUUGUUUGUUGUUUUAUUCAA